UUGGAUUGAGGAAGGAUAGGGUAUUUGACGUGGGUUUUGCAUUUUCUCCUUGGAGCAAUUUGAGGCAGAUUCGCGAAUGUUUCAGCAGGUGGCGAAGAUCUUGUUGAAUUGCUGGGGACGAGAGCUGUGUGUGCGUGGAGGCGUUGAUGACCGUGGUGGAUUUUAGCGGAAGACACAGAAGUGGCAGUGUGAGUAAGGCAGCCAUGGCCUUGGUGGGCGCUGUUGGCGCUGUGGGUAUUGGAGGCGCUGCGUAUGUGUUGUGGCAGAUUCGGCCUAAGGACCCCUCAUUCGAGGUUAUUCACAUAGAGUUGAGUGGGUUUAAGGUGCGGUGGAUGACGGAGUCGUUGAUUCCCUACGCCGUGGUGGAUGUGGCUAUGAAGAUUUCCAUCAAGGUGACGAACCCGAAUAUUACGCCGAUCAAGUACACCAGCACCACCAUGGUCAUGUUCUAUCGGGGGACGAAAAUGGGGACAGCUGAUGUGGAAGCAGGGAGUCAGGAUGCCCGGAGUGACCAAGUGAUAGAAAUCCCUGCGAAGCUGGACGGGUUGAAGAUAACAGAACACUUAAAAGAGCUCUUUCAGGAUGUUAGGAAACGUGAGAUGGUGAUGAGCGCUGUCGUCACAAUUACUGGAGAUGCUAUCGUCUGGAAAAUAAGGCACAACUGGGAGGUGAGAGUGAACAGCGAUAUCAAAGUUGAUCCAAUUUUCCUGAAAGUACUGGAUCAAGAUAACCGAGUGGAGAUGGAGUUGGCUGCGGUUCCUGAACUAGAGUCCAAGGAAGCAGAAGAGGGCGAAACUCACGCCCAAACGGCUGAACAUAACAGUUAAUUCACGCUCUUGCUGAACUUAGAUAGAAAUCACUUUACUUAGCAGUCAGCAUUUCAAAUAUUUUUCAGCACAUGAAAUCAGCUGAGAUAUUCUGUAGCUGGAAAUCUCUAAAACCUGGCUCUGCAAAUUUCUUUGUGAGAGAGGUGGGGGAAGCUUUUUGGGAAACUAUGGCAUUCAGUUAGAGUUGGUGAAAAAGAAUGUACCUCAAUUUCUGUAGAUUAUUGUGAAUAGUGGGAUGACAGGGGUGAUUUAGGUUUAGACCUUUUUCAACUUGGAGUUGUUUCUGGUGACUGAAAUCUCCGCAGUGUCAUCAGGAAUAUUACUGUCAAGUGUGAAUUAUUAUAGGAGUUGUACAACAAAAAAGAAAUGAAGUAAAUGGACGAUCACCCAGCUUUACUUUCAGGAUCA